AUUUUCUGAGGGUUUGCCAUGUCUAAAGAAGAGAAGAAAAUUGAAGUAAUCAAUGCAGUUUACAAAGUUCGUCUCCACUGCCCAAAAUGUGCACAUGAUAUUAGAAAACCACUCUUGAGAACUCAAGGAUUUUCAGACGGGGAUGCCACUAAUGCAGUGUGAUAGUCAGGGAGAUCUUUAUCCGAUUACCACCAUCAAAUAUCCAACCACCACUCCAUCAACCUUUGCGGCGUUGUCCUCUCCUUUUGGGCAUGCUCGCUUGGGUCAUCCGGGAAAUUCUGUCUUAAAUUGUCUUAGGGUUAAUAAAGGCAAUGAAUGUAAUAAAUCUAGUCUUUCUAGUAUUUGUCGUUCUUGUUUUCUUGGUAAAUACAUUAAGUUGCCGUUUGAUUCUUCUAUUUCCGAAACUUUGAUGCGAUUUGAUAUUAAUCAUAGUGAUUUGUGGACCUCUCCCGUGUUAAGUUCAUUGGGUCAUCGAUAUUAUGUUCUUUUUAUUGAUGAUUUUUCGAAGUUUCUAUGGACUUUUCCUUUGGCUAAGAAAUCCGAUGUUUAUCCGAAAUUCUUAGCUUUAAAAACCCACAUUCAUACCCAAUUUAAACGUCAUAUCAAAAAUGUCCAAUGUGAUAAUGGGAGGAAAUAUGAUAAAGGUCAAUUCGGGAAAUUUUGUGAGUCUAAUGGGAUGUCAUUUCGUCUUUCUUGGCCACAUACGUCUUCACAAAAUGGGAAAGCCGAAAGAAAAAUCCGUUCUAUUUAUAAUAUCACUCGGACUCUUCUUGCUCAUGCUUCCCUCCCUCCUUCGUUCUGGCAUCACGCCUUACAAAUGACAAUAUAUCUUCUUAAUAUUUUACAAAGUAAAUUAUUAGGUCACGUUUCUCCUCUUCAAGUGCUAUACCAAAGAAAGCCAUCUUACUCUCAUUUUCGGGUUUUUGGGUGUUUAUGCUAUCCCCUCUUUCCUUCUCCGACUAUCCACAAAUUACAAGCCCGGUAUACACCGUGUGUCUUUUUGGGGUAUCCUACGAAUCAUCGAGGGUAUAAGUGUUAUGAUUUAUCGUCCCAUAAAAUCAUUAUUUCUCGUCACGUGAUUUUUGAUGAGAAUGUCUUCCUCUUUUCCAAUUUACAUUCUCCCACUUCUAUUACUUAUGAGUUUUUGGACGAUGGCAUUUCCCCAUUAUGGUUGCAUCACUUGGCUUCUACUCCGGAUAGUCGGCUCAGCCCCCCCCCCCCCCAACUGCUCCCGUGCCACAGCCGACUACCCCUACUACCGUGACCCAGCCCGCUGCCCUGUCCCCUCCCACCGUGACCCAGCCCGCUGCCCGGUCCCCUCCCACCGUGACCCAGCCCGCUGCCCAGUCCCCUCUCCCCGCUACUUUGGCCCAACAGCCCUCGGCUACAUCUAUCCCACCGUCACCCCAGCCUCCCCCUUCUACCAAUCCGUCCCGAAUGGUGACCUAGAGUCAGCAUGGUAUUUUUAAGCCAAAACGCACGUUUAACUUGAAUACCAUGGUUACGAAAUCCCCUCUCCCUCAUAACCCUGUGACAGCCCUUCGCGACCCGAAUUGGAAAAUGGCUAUGGAUGAUAAAUUUGAUGCUCUUAUUAAAAAUAAGACGUGGGAGUUGGUGCCCCGUCCACCUAAUAUGAAUGUUAUCCGUUCUAUGUGGAUUUUCACUCAUAAAGAAAAAUCUAAUGGUGAUUUUGAGAGGCUUAAAUCCCGUCUUGUAGGUGAUGGUAAGACUCAACAGGUUGGCAUUGAUUGUGGUGAGACCUUCAGUCCAGUGGUCAAGCCGGCUACGAUCCGUACCGUUCUCAGUAUUUCACUAUCAAAGAAGUGGCCUAUUCAUCAGCUAGAUGUCAAGAAUGCCUUCUUACACGGUGAGCUCAAGGAAACAGUGUAUAUGCAUCAACCUCUUGGUUUCAGAGAUCUCACUCAUCCGGAUUAUGUAUGUUUACUCCGUAAGUCCUUAUAUGGGCUUAAGCAGGCCCCGAGAGCAUGGUACAAGCGUUUUGCAGAUUAUGUCUCUUCUCUUGGUUUUUCAAACAACAGAUCUGACAAUUCUUUGUUCAUCUACAAAAAGGGCUCCGAUAUGGCAUACAUGUUACUUUAUGUUGAUGAUAUUAUUUUUACUGCUUCCUCAGAUUCUCUCCGAUGCUCCAUUAUGGCUCUCCUUGCCUCGGAAUUUGCUAUGAAGGAUCUGGGUCCUUUGAAUUAUUUGCUUGGCAUUCGUGUCACUCGACAUAAGGAUGGCAUGUUUCUUUCGCAACGCAUGUAUGCCGAAGAAAUCAUUGAUCGAGCUGGGAUGUCUUCUUGUAAGGGUACUUCUACUCCGGUUGAUACUAAACCGAAGGUGAGCGGCUCAUCGGGUGCUCCUUAUGAUGACCCGAAUCACUAUCGCAGUCUCGCAGGUGACCUUCAGUAUCUUAGUUUCACGAGGCUGGAUAUCUCUUGUGCUGUUCAACAGGUAUGCUUACACAUGCAUGCACCGCGACAGGUUCAUAUGCAUGCACUUAAGCGUAUCAUCCGUUACAUUCAGGGUACACUUGACUAUUGUUUGCAUCUUUAUCCGUCCUCAGUUACGGACCUUCUUUCCUACACUGAUGCGGAUUGGGGGGGCUGCCCUGACACACGUCGGUCAACGUUUGGUUAUUGUGUCUUCCUUGGGGAUAACUUGAUAUCGUGGUCUUCGAAACGCCAACCUACCCUCUCUCGUUCGAGUGCUGAGGCGGAGUAUGGGGGUUUUGCUAAUGUUGUCUCCGAGUCCUGCUGGCUUCGCAAUCUUCUGUUGGAAUUACAUUGUCCUAUUCAUAAGGCUACUAUGGUAUAUUGUGACAAUGUGAGUGCCAUUUAUCUUUUGGGAAAUCCGGUGCAACAUCAGCGCACCAAAUACAUUGACAUGGACAUUCACUUUGUUCGUGACAAGGUUGCGCGCGGAUAAGUUCGUGUCCUUCAUGUUCCAUCCCGCUAUCAGAUUGCCGAUAUUUUCACCAAGGGACUACCACAUGUCUUAUUUGAAGAUUUUCGGGACAGUCUCAGCGUUCGUAAACCUCCCGUUUCGACUACGGGGUGUGUUAGAUUAUGUAAAUAUUAAUUAGAAUAUUCUGUAGUCUACUAUUUUAGGUUAGCAUAUUUUGUAUAUUGUGUAAUAUCCAAUUUUAGGUUAGAAUAUUUUUGUAUAUAAACCAAUUCAAGUAAUGAAAGGAUUCAGAGAAAAUAUUUUCUACAGUCUAAACGCUUUGAUAGGAAUUGAUACUUUCAUUGACUUAUUUCUAUU